AAGAGAAAAAUGGCCAAGUCCACCAUCAUGGUCAUUGCAGCUCUCUGCCUUAUGUCCGUUGUUGGUUCGGCCUAUGGCUAUGACAAAUUCUUUGUUGAAGGCAAAGUUUACUGCGACACCUGCCGCAUCCAGUUCUUGAGCCGCGUGAGCGAGUUCUUGCCAGGCGCCACCGUGAGACUGGAGUGCAAGGUAGCUGCAAACGAGACCAUCACAUACGUGAAGGACGUGAUGACAGAUGCCGCAGGAAAAUACUCGAUUGAGGUUGAGGGAGAUCACGAGGAAGAGUUGUGCGAGGUUUUCUUGAUUGACAGCCCAAGACAGGAUUGCAAUGAGAUCAAGAGUGAGGUUGCUAACUUGGAAACUGCCUCAAGGGUUUCCCUUACCCACAAGAACGGCAUUGUCUCCGCCGUCCGCGAAGCCAAUCCUCUUGGUUUCUUGAAGGCUGUUCCUCUCGCUGAAUGCCCUCAGAUCUUCAAGGAGCUUGGCCUCAACGCCAAUGGCACCGCCAGCGACUCUUAAUUAAGACCCACAACUCUCUUUCUUUGUAAUAAUAAAGUUGAUCAUUCUUCGAAUCCCUUUCCAAUUCUAAUUCUCUAGCUAGCUGUUUCAUUAUCUCUAUCAUGUAAUCUGCUGAUUUCAGCUUGCA